AAGGACCUCGAGGUGGCCAAGCUGGGCGACUCUGAUGUCCACGUCAAAAUGUUGGCAGCCCCCAUCAAUCCUGCCGACAUUAAUAUGAUCCAGGGGACCUACGCCAUCCUCUCCCCGCUGCCGGCCGUGGGAGGCAAUGAAGGUGUUGGGGAAGUGCUGGAGGUUGGGCAGCAUGUGGCAGCUCUGAAACCUGGGGACUGGGUCAUCCCAGCGGGCUCCGGACUCGGGACGUGGCGGACAGAGGGGGUGUUCCCCGAGGAGAUGCUGCUGAAGGUACCCAGCGACAUCCCGGUGCCGUGCGCUGCCACCCUGAGCGUCAACCCCUGCACGGCGUACCGCAUGCUGACCGACUUCGAGACCCUGGUGCCAGGUGAUUCCGUCAUCCAGAACGCUGCCAACAGCGGCGUGGGCCAGGCUGUUAUCCAGAUCGCCAGAGCCUUCGGCAUCAAGACCAUCAAUGUGGUGAGGGACAGACCUGAUCUCCCAAAGCUGGUGGAGAGGCUGAUGGCCUUGGGCGCAGACCACGUCAUCACGGAGGAGAUGCUGAGAAAGCCAGAGAUGAAAGAUAUAUUUAAGAACGUCCCGAAGCCCCGGCUCGCGCUGAACUGCGUCGGAGGCAAAAGCACUACGGAGAUGCUGCGGCAUCUGCAGCCUAAAGGGACCAUGGUCACCUACGGGGGGAUGGCAAAGCAGCCCGUGAUGGUGCCUGUGAGCGCGUUCAUCUUCCGGGACGUGCGGCUCCGCGGCUUCUGGAUGACCCAGUGGAAGAAGGACCAUGCGCAGGACCAGGAAAGCCUGGCCAGCAUGAUGGAUGCCUUGUGCCAACUCAUCCGGGAGGGGCGGCUCGCGGCGCCGGCCUGCACUGAGGUCCCGCUCCAAGACUACAAGGCAGCGCUGGAAGCUGCCAUGAAGCCCUUCACAUCCUCGAAGCAGAUCCUCCUCCUCUGA